AUGAAAGUUUAUUGUGGACUAGACUGCCCCUUUAAAGCUAUAUAUUGACAUGGAGGAGUAAAUCAACUAGGCGGUGUUUUUGUGAAUGGUCGACCCCUUCCUGAUGUAGUCCGGCAAAGAAUUGUAGAACUUGCUCAUCAAGGUGUAAGACCGUGUGACAUCUCCCGGCAGCUACGGGUCAGCCAUGGAUGUGUCAGCAAAAUUCUUGGCAGAUACUAUGAAACUGGAAGUAUUAAACCUGGUGUAAUUGGAGGAUCGAAGCCAAAGGUUGCAACACCCAAAGUGGUGGACAAAAUUGCAGAAUAUAAGCGCCAAAAUCCCACCAUGUUUGCAUGGGAAAUCAGGGACAGACUAUUAGCAGAACGGGUGUGUGAUAAUGAUACUGUGCCAAGCGUUAGCUCCAUAAACAGGAUCAUCAGAACAAAAGUCCAACAGCCAACAAACCAGCAAGUUCCACCGUCCAAUCACAGCAUAGCUUCUACAGGAUCAGUGACUCAGGUCUCCUCAGUAAGUACAGACUCUGCAGGAUCCUCUUACUCAAUUAGUGGAAUUCUGGGAAUUACAUCAUCUAAUGCUGAGACCAACAAACGCAAAAGAGAUGAAGGUAUUCAGGAGUCCCCCUUACCAAAUGGCCAUUCACUUCCUGGAAGAGAUUUUCUUCGGAAACAGAUGCGAGGCGACCUUUUCACACAGCAACAAUUGGAAGUGUUAGAUCGAGUAUUCGAGAGGCAGCAUUAUACGGAUAUCUUUACAACUGAACCUAUCAAACCAGAGCAGCAGGUCCGUUGGCUCCCACGUUUGGAACAGGUUGAGUUUUCCGGCAGCUCUGCAACUCAGUGGCGCGAUUUUCGACUUGCUCUUCAUCAUGAGCCCCACAGCCGAACCUCGACAGCAGACUACUCAGCCAUGGCUUCACUAACUGGUGGUUUGGACGAAAUGAAAUCCAGCUUAACAAAUCCACCUUCAGCAGAAAUAGGAGGAGCUGUUCCUGGCCCACAGACAUAUCCUAUUGUAACAGGUCGUGAUUUGGCAAGCACAACCCUCCCUGGAUACCCUCCGCAUGUCCCCCCUGCCGGACAGGGCAGCUAUUCUGCUCCAACGCUGACAGGAAUGGUGCCGGGAAGUGAUUUCUCUGGGAGCCCAUACAGUCAUCCACAGUAUUCAUCAUACAAUGAUUCCUGGAGAUUCCCUAACACUGGAUUAUUAGGUUCCCCAUACUAUUACAGUGCUCGAGGUACAGCGCCGCCAACUGCUGCCACCGCUUAUGACCGCCACUGA